AUGACACGUGAAAGUUUAGUGAAUUAUGUCAGUGGUCUAAUGACGUAUGUUUUUUUAAGUAUGUUAACCAGCGAUCAGGCAGUCCUUCAUCCCUUUGGCCGUCCGCAGACUUUCUCGCUCUGCCGGAAAAAAAGAACGCCUGAUGGUUGGUUUUAAGUAUGUUUGUCUCUGUUGCAGGUUGGUGGACCAAAAACGUUCAAGCUACUAUACUAUUAAUGAUAUCAAGGAACUAAUGAGAUUUUGGAGUCAUAAAAUUACAUCGCUUAAGAUCAAACAAAGCGACUUUUAAGACUUUCAUCUUGGUUCUUCAUAUUUUCUUAUCUUUUGAAUUGACUAAAGGGCAGCGAUCUACUUUUAAAGGGUGUGGCUGCUGCCGUGAAAAUGUGUGACCUUAUUCAACCGCAAACCAUACAUGUUACUAUUUCAUAACUGGUGAAAUGUUCCAGCUGUACAAAAAACACAUAUUUGGAAGGUUUGCAAAAUAAAUUGAAAUAGCUAUGUUAUAUUUAGCUAUUGACCUCAAACUUGGAAUUAAGCAUAAUUGUGUUUUUAGAUGUCCGAAAAACUAGUGCUUUUAAUCUCGUAAACGCUAGUAGGUUUCAUUCUGUGACUGAACUUUUACGUGCAAUCUGCGUGCACAACCACAUCAUGCACACUUUCUGCUGUAUAAUCAUAGUAGUAACUGAAACAUAUUUAGUUUUGUCAGUGCUUUCAGCAAAGAUUUUAAUUCUCCUACAACCAAUAAUUUUGAUAGAAUUGGAAGAAGCCAAAAGCAAAGUUUGAUAUGUUGAUGUUCAUUCUUCUAUUUAAAAAUGGUUGAAUUUGCAUGCUGAAGGCAAGACAGAGAAAAUUGAAUCUGCAGCAGUUAAGAUAGACUCAAGUGAGCGCAGCUUUCACGUUUUUAGCCGUUAUUUUUUUUACUUCAUUGUUCUCAUGUACAACAAUACUAAAUUCUGGACAAUUUAGAGCGAUAAAUUAGUCUGUCUAAAACUUGGGUAAAAUGGGUAUACUCAUGUGUUUAUCUAAGCAAUAAAAGCUUUUAUUCACGUGUUUCGGUCCAUAAGUGCAAUAAAAUAUAUAGCCCAAGCACGUUUUACGUGCUUAUGUUUUUAAUGGUUUUUAAAUUAUUUUACUGUUAAAUUUUACCUUACUUAUCAUUCCUCAGGUUUACCUUUCGUCGUAAUUCACACAUUUAUCGGUAUUUCUAUUUCUUGUUUUUUUCUCUGCAGAGGAAUGUUUCCUCGGAAGAUGCAAAGGCGCCUCCAUUUAUUAGGGCCUUAGUAACAGUUGUUUGUGAAGGAGCAAUGGAGAGAGGUAAUUUUGUUUAUAAACGUUCCUUUCUUUGCACUCUGUUUCGCUACGUUUCGGUAUUUGUCACAUUACGUCCUAUUAGUGCUUUUUUUCUUUACACAGGCUCCAUAUUCUCUGAUUCUCCAUUUUGUACUAUGUAGGCUCGUUUUCUGUUGAGAAUUUUCCAUUUUUAUAAUAACACAAAUCAUGUCUAAUUGCUUAUGCCAUGCUCAUGCUGGAUUACACGUUUGCUGGUAACCCAGUAGCUUGCAUUGUGUCUCAAAAACUAGUUCAAAAACCAGUAAUUUAAACAAAAAUGAUAAGAAUCCCAACUGGGCGGAGACAAACCAGUUGGCUGUUCAUUGCAGUGGCCGAGGGAUUGAAUUCGGGACUAUGUAGAAACAAAUCCAUCCUGCGGUAAGGCGGGGAUUGAACUCGAGGCCUCUAAAUUUCACGUCCAGCACUCUAACCACGCGUUCACUCUGUCACUCUGCCUCCCUUUAUCAAAAACCAAGGGAGCAGGAGUUGCACAUGGUUAAUGUCAAUGUCAUGGAGGUAUUUUCGUCUGUUAAGUUUUUUGUUCAUGAAAACGUAGUGCGUACUUCCUUUGUGAAUGGGCUCAUACGCUGGGGUAAAAAUCUGCCAUGUAAUGCAGUACUUUUAAUGAUGUGUCUGCAAAAAUAAGAAAAAACCAUUAAUGGUAGUGCUUCCUGAUGAAAUUUUGUUGAUGUCUUGUUCAUAUCGUUAUAGGAGUAUUUAUGGUAAGGCGCUAAGUAAUGACUAAAGCACAGAAUUGAACUAACACAGCAAUAUCCUCGUGACCUUGCCCCUUUAAGACUGGUUCACAUUUUUGCUUUCCUUCUUUAACAGAAGAUGGAGGCGUCUGCAAAUGUAACAUUAAUAUCCUGAAGGAGAGAAAGCCUCUCCUUCAAAAAUACAUUGAUGACAACGCUAGUUUGGAAAUCCAAGCUCUUUACGCAGUGCAGGCACUUUUUGUUCAGUUUGAUCAUCCUCCAAGUAAGAAUGAUUAAUGAGCUAAAAUUUCCUUACUUCUACACAUAGAAUGCUUAUUGAAACAGUUAGAAGUUGUUUAAAGGAAGUUUCACAGUUUGGUCCACGCGCGAGAUGUGCAUUUGCCCAUUGUCUUUCGACUACUUUUUUUAAACCAGUUGGAAGCGAGUGACAGUACGUCUAAGGUAUUCAGGCUCGUUAUAAAGUUGCAGAUCGAUCCCCAUUUAUCUCUGCUGUUCCCCCGAGACGUAAUGUAUAUGAUGAGAAUGGUAAGAUUUCACAAGUACUUGACUUGACUUGUCACAAGUAUAUGGCAAACAAACUGUAAACCUUAGAGCUCUCUAGUCGGGAAAGAACAAAUUUAAUAGCUGUAGUCAGCACUGUUUCAUUGCCACUGUCAGAACUUUUUAAUGAAUGAUAGUUGGAAAAGCGAUCACCUGGCGUAACGUCAUAGAUUCGCCAAUAAACAGUUACCUACAACCUACAGUUAGCAAUGACGUCAGUACAAAAAAUGUAACCUUUUCUUUUCAACUUUUAAACAGACAGUUUUGAAGUAUUCAAACCACAACAAUGAAAGAGUGGCUACCGUAAAAAACGUCAUUUAUCAUCGACAAACGAUUAAGAUUGGAAAUUGGUUACGAAUUCUCUUGAACAUUAUAAGCUUCAGUUUUUUGUAUCAAUCGUAAAAGCGUUAUUCUGUUAAAAUUAACCUUAAUAUGUCUCUCCUUUUCUGUAUGCAGGUUUUGUCAAAUCCUAUUUUGAUAGUUUAUAUGAUGAAAAGAUUAUAGCAGAAGAUUCUUUCAAAGCUUGGGAAAACAGCUCCGACGAAGAACCCGGCAAAGGUGUGACUGUUACUGCCGCUUCCGAGUUUUUCCGCUGGCUCAAGAGUGCCCCAGAGGAGACUGGGGAGUCUUCAGAUGAAGUGAGUAACAAGGAAGGGCAACAAAUUAGCUCAGCUGCUGCUGACGAAGUCAAACCUGAAAGAAAAGAGAAAUCAGAGGAAACUGCAAAAGAACCUGUCAGUGAUGUGAUGAAAUUUAAUAGUGAGUAUGUGUUAUAAAUAGUCAGCUAAUAGAAUUUGGUUUUUUUUUGCAGGUUGAUUUCUCUCUUUCCAUGGGUAGCCCGGCACAAAUGCGGUAUCACCGCCCUCAACAACCAUUGCAAGGACAAUUUGCCCCAGUGUCUGGCCCUUCACAGCCUCAAGGUUCUCCUUAUUUUCAACCGACAACUGUUUACCAGGUGGGACAACCCACCCCACCUAUGUACAUUGUCAGAGCUCCUUCAGGGCCCAUGACGGGAAUGCCACAAUAUCAAGCUCAAACAUUUGAGCCCCGUGCACGGGAAAGAAAGAUAAUCCAGAUAAAGGAUCCAAAUAGUAACAAGGAUGCGACGCAAGAGAUUCUCAACAGACAGCCUUCUGGGAGUUUAACAGGAAGCACUGGUGGUACCCCUAAUAACAUUACUCCAGACAUUUCAGGUCAGAGUAGUAGCUCAAGCACCCCACCCUUGAUAUUUCAGCAGCAAACUGAGACAAAUGUCAGGGCACAGUUUGCAGCGCAGGUUGCAGCAACACUAGCUAAUUCAGAAGACAAGCCUAAAAAAACAGAAGUUAUUAUUCAGGAAGCGCCAGUAAAUAAUAAGGCAGUUGUGGAUACUGUUCAAUUAUAACAGACAACAGUUAGUCAGAAAAAUGAAGUCAUGGUAAAAGAAACAAGAACGAACCCUACUACUGGGAGAGAUACCCAGUUAGCUGAAAAGCCUAUUGAAAAGCCUCUCGAAACACAUCCUAAAGAAGUGCAUGUGAAAACGCAAACCAAAGAAGCUGUGCAGCGCACUAAACUUAGUGAGGGAGUUUCACCCAUUGAAACAAAGUCAAAUUUGCUUAAUAGAAGUUUGACAUGAGAGCUCGUACUGUUAUUUGAUGCCUCCCAAAAAAACUAGCGUCAUUUGUUUCCUUCGAAAAUGUCACAGAAGGAACAUUUUUUUCUAUCUUAUUCAGACCUUUCUUAUGGACGAAAACUUGAUUUUUUUAUAACCGCCUAAUCUUUGACAUUUCCCUAUUUUCAAAUUAGCGUUGAGAUCAGGUAAGGAUUUUGGUGCGUAGUUGACCUGAUUUGUUAGCCUGGCAUGUGCUGAGAGCUUCGAUCUCAUACUCCGAGUUGUUAUUGCAUUAGUGCAGUUGUAAUAGUGUCCAUUCUGUUCGUUGCCUUUCUAUUCCCUUAUCUCAAAUUAAAUUUAGUUCUAUUCUACGUUGAAUUCACAAAAAGGAAGAAAUUCUUUUGUCCUUCAAUUAAGGCAAGCGUCUUCUACUGACUCGCCCCAGUCGUCUUAUAGACUCCUAUUGAUAUUAGUCAGCUUACGCAACAGGAAGGCAAACGUUUGCGUGUGAUAAACGUGAUGGGGCCAUUACAAUGCACUGAAGUUACCAAAAAACGUUUUCUAGGGAUAUAGUUGCUUUGUAAGUAGAGAAGUAUUUUAGUUUUUGUUAGCGCCAACUUGAAAGGAAAAUGAAAUUUAAUGGCAAGACACCAGGACAAACACAAAUUCAAAAAAAAACUUUGCAAACCCCAUGAUUGGAAGGAAAUUUGCUUUUACGAAUAGAAGCAGUACCCAGAUCUUGGUAGUGCUUCUGUUUAGAUGAAAAGUUGCUUCAUCCAAUCACCCAUCCCAGUGCUGAAGUUCAACCUAAGUUUGAUUCUAUUCUUGCCUUCGUUAACUUCAACAGAAGUAAUUAAUCUAAAUUCUUGAAAACAAUUGCAGCUAAGAAGAAGAGGAAAAAACGGAAACAUCGUUUGAAGAAAACAGAAAAGCGAUCCUCCAUUCCUCCGGGAAUGGAUAUGAUGGAAGCUUACACAGAAAAGCCCGUCCAGAAGGAGGUAUUUACUGGCAAACAAAAAAAUGUGUGUCUUCAUACAUUAAUAUGAUAGUAGUUCUUAGAAUUUGAAGAUUUUUUUCAUAUCAAAGUCUCCCCUAUAACUUGUGUCGAAAAGCGCUGUUGGGAACUAGUCGAGCCGUUUUCUGAUCACCCCUGCCGACUAAAUGGGUGCCUACUAGUUGAGCACGGUCGAGCACUUCUGUUCCUGAUGCUUGUUCUGUUACAAUUCCAGACCAAUCCUUUAUGACAGAUAAAACCUGAGAGGGGCUACCAGACAUUAAAGCUUGUUUCUGUUUUAGCUUUAAGUAACUUGAAGUCAACUAAUAGCAGCAAAAACAUUGAAUCCGUCACGUAACACGAAUCUGAAUGAUUAGUGAGCGCAAUAAAGAAAUUCAGUCCUAAAUUGUCAAAAUAUGACAUAAACAGGUCAGGUCAGGUCUGCUCAACUUAACAUGUAUUUUUUUUUCCUUUUUUGCAUUUUUCUCUGCUCUGUUUGACUGAAUCGUGUUCAUUCGGGUAUGGUUUCAAUUGAUAAAACUUUUCGCCCCGCACUAAUUCAAUGUCAAAGCCCUCUAUGACCAUUAAAAUUGAUUAUGUCCCAAGCCGUAGAAGGGACAAUUAAGUUUAAGGGAUGAAUGAGUUAUUAUGGAAAUACAGUCAACUCUCGCCUUGCGGACAUCCCGCUAUAACGGACACCCCGAUAAUAAGGACAGCAGCUAAAUCCCCAGCAAAAACAAAUUACAGAUGUUUGACUGAAAUCAACUCCCGCUAUUACGGACACUCGCUAAUGAGGACACUAACUCGAGGUCCCCACAGUGUCCGCUAUAAAGGGAGUUGACUGUAUACCAAAACGCGAAGCGUCGAGGUACAUAUCUAGCGCUAUGAACCGAUCCUGAGGGAGAUAGUUGUUUUAGUAUUUACCAAAUCACUUGGAUUAAAAUCAAAAAGGAACUUUUUGUAAAUAAAAGACGUCACGUUGUUAGAGUUUGUUUACGUACGUUUCAACGGACAGUGUUUCGGGGAUCAUUUUUUUUUACGAUUUUGUUGCAAAUCCAGCGAGAAAAUUUUUUUCUACCGACCAGUAAACAGCGACAAGCCAAAUUUUGUCUUUCUCUUGGUAUUUUUGACGCAGCUAUACUUUAGUUACCGCUAAAAUUUCAUCUUUCGAAACUGUCGCGAAACGAGAAGCCAUUUUGAAUCCCGCCCCAAAACAGUGAAUAUCCAAGGAUAUUCCGAGUUACGGGAGCAGAUAAGAACGCGCGAAAAUUGCUAUCCACUGAUUUGGUGAAUACUAAAGACAAAUAUAAUAAACAGAUCUUAUUCAUUUUCUAAAUUUUUGUCCACCUUCAUCAAAGCGUACUUGAAAGUUUGUAGGUGUUUUUGCUUACAAGCUCUUGCGUCGGUGGUAAAUUUGAAAUGUUAUAAAACGAAACUAUUUAUAUAAAAGGAAUGUGUCUAUAAAGAAGGAAUAACAUUGUUCAGACUCUUUUAUGUCUUGAAUGGUAUAGGGACCUGGUGAAACUGAGGAGCAAGCUGCUGAAGAAACAACGCAGACACUUCAAGAAGAAGCAGGUGAAGAGGAGCAGUCUGAAGAGGAGACAUGGGGAGAUAGAGAAGGUAGUAAAUUAAGAUCGCUUUAACCCUUUUACUCUCAGAUUGAAUGAUGGAGUCUUUGAGGUUGUUGGUAGUCCUGUUACAUGGUACAAUUUGUCUUUCCGCGUGUUAACAAAUGAAAUUUGGAAUUUCUGUGGAAUUGUGACUUUAACCACUUUUGGGGGGAAAAGGGUGAAUGAUGGAUUGCGUUGGUAUUAGUGAUGCACUGAGGUGAUAAGCUUCAGACAUAACCAAUCACCUAAACUGCCUCACUGAAAUUAGUAAAACAGGUUUUCGCAUCUCUCAUCAGAUAAGGGAGUUGUUUAGAUAUUGCUUUAAUUUGAAUGAAGGAAUUCAGAGGGAAUAGUACAGUAUGUGCUGUUGACAUUGUGAACUUUUUCACAUGAUAUGUUUAUUCAGGUGCACUGUUUUUGUAACCAUUCUCUCCGGCUUUGACGGUCAUAAUUAACAGACCUGAUGAAACCUUUAGACUUCCAUGCAACUGUACUGUAAUAUCCCUGCUUAUUCAAACAGAAAGCUUAUGAGAAAAAGGAAACUAUCCUUACAUAUCUUUAUUUUUGUAAUAGCAAUUCUUAUCCUUAGGAUAUCUUGUCGUUAGGUCCCAGCAAGCAUUUAACUUUACGAGAGCUCGGGAUGGAACGAUAUUUAUCGGACAUGAGAACACAGUUGAGGGAAAUGAAAGAGAAACUGGAGGUAAAAGAUGAGCAACUGAAAAGGACAGAAGACCAACUGAGAGAGAAAGAUGAGCAACAAGAAGCUUUGCAAAGACAGCUGACAACUUUGCGAGCAGAGAAAGAAACGAAAGAGAAAGAAAGUGCAAAAUUCCAAGAACAGCUCGGUAUAAAGCUGAAGGAACUUACUGACUUGGAAAAAGAGUUUAGAGAUAGCGUCCAAGAUCACCAUCUAGAUUUCUCUCUGGAGAGACGUCGAUUUCUUUUCAAUUCAUUUAUACUUAGGGUCAAUUACUGUGCAGACUGGAUAAUUUCUCGGCAUGAAAUUGAAAUUAUGACUGAUAGAAGCCUCGGAGAGGGAGGAUACGGAAUGGUUUUUAAAGGAAGAUAUCGUGGUUUUGUCGUUGCAGUAAAGACACUUAAAGACUUUACUUUAAAUGCUGGAGGACGUGAUUUGUUUGAACGCGAAAUGGACAUUGCUUCAAGGUGCCGUCAUCCAUGCCUGUUGCAAUUCAUUGGUGCCACUCAAGACGAAACGCCUUUGCUUGUCACAGAGUUAAUGGAAUUGAGUUUACGAAAGUUGUUAAGGGAACGACAGCUUUCCGAAAAAGAAAUCGUUGUCAUUUCUCUGGACGUGGCUCACGCCCUUAACUACCUUCAUAACAGAAAAAUUGUUCAUCGUGACGUCAGUAGUGCUAAUGUGUUGCUCUGGAAACAAAAUGACCAGUGGCGAGGCAAACUGGGAGAUUAUGGCACUGUUAAAUUCUUGCAAGAGGUGAUGACAAAGUCUCCUGGAGCUAUGAUUUACAGCGCCCCUGAAGCAGGAAGUCCUUUCAACCAAACAGUUAAGGUUAGUGUUGUAGAUUAACUUGUUGAUAGAAAUACCUGUCACACAGCAGAGUGAUUUCACUUUUAAAAUAUUAAAUAAACAGCUCAAUCAGCUUCUACUUACAUGGAGUUACCGAAUGUCACAGAGUCUGCACAGUCCUUUAAAGGGAUGUCUGUUUUUAAGGUUCCUCUGAAACAAAGGUCGGUAAACUAACUGCUCUGAAAGUGAAGAAAGGAUGCACCUAUGUCUACCCCCUGUUGUAGAUACGGGAAAUUUAAAAGCUGACAUUUGUAUUUUAAGUCUUACCAGCGAGAUGUCCCUGAAUGUCUUUACCUCAUUACUUGAAAAGGACUUCUUGCCCAUAGAAUUUUUUCUUAGAAUGGAGAGAAUCAGUGAAGGAAGUCAUUUGUGAAAGGAAAUCAAGUUUUUACCGUCCAUUUUAAUAGAGAAUGUACUUCAGGCGAAGUUACCUUUGUUAGCCGUAUACUUAUUUAACACAAUAAUUUGGUUUUAACAACUGAGUCAAUUUUAAGACUUAAAAUUAAAAGUUAGAGGACUAAAUCAAUAGCAAGCUCCUGAGUUUCAGUCUCUCACCGACACAGCACACAACUUUCUCUUAAAACAAAACCCUAUUUGUUUUCUUUAUUUCUUUGUGCGCGUGACACGACGUUUCAGAGGGAAUUACUUGCAAUAAAGGGCACAAAAACAAUAAGCUCGGACAGCAAUGUUUGUGCGCAUCCUCCAGACUUCAAUUCUUGCCGUAUUGUCACUCCAAGUAGCCUUCUAGCGCGUGCAGUUCACAGCCAUUGCUUUCCCUUGACUUAAGUUUAGUUCAGUUUCUCUCUAAAAUUAUUCCCACCUUUACGGACAGAUAGAGCGAACAAAUCAAGAUGGAAAGGUUAGAAAGUUCUCAUUUUUUUACGAAAAACUAAAAACAAAACAACCGGCACUGCGCGAUAUGUUGCGUCAUUUCCAUAGUCUAUAAUCUCAUAGACCAUAUAGCUCUCGACCAAUCAGCGCGCGAGGAUUCGCUCAGUUAUUGUAAAAUACUCGUUAGGUAACUGUAUGAAUGGUCACAAGUCGAAUCAAGUUCCUUAAUAGGCCAAAACAUGAUAACUGUUAGAGAAAAUUGGCUCUAGGGGCGUUAUCUGUGAUAUUUUAGGAUAACAAACACCAAGGUCAUUUCCAGUAACAAUGAUCUGUGAUGAGGCAAUCAAGAUAAUCUGAAAACAUACGCUCUCCUCAAUAGAUUUGGUGAUCUCAAAUCUUUUUGGCUAAUCUAAGUAACUUUAGUGAACGUUUGCAACCACGAUCGAUUUACCUCUCGUGUCGUCAUCCUGAUUUUAAUGCUUCGAAAAUGACUGUGAUGUACACCUUGUGCGGAACGCCAGGGCCAAAAUUAGAAGCACUCGAAAAUAUCAUGUAGAAUUGAUUGUUGAAAAAGGAUUUUAAUUCGAUUAAAAAUUUGGCCAUGUUUUUCAUUUUUUCUUAGAGACCUUACCUACGGGAUUGAAACCUAUUUAACGCUCUAAAAAAUGGGAGAGAAACAAAUUGAAAAGUGGCCAAACUGCAAAAGUUGCCCCUUUAGAAAAGCAAGGGUAGUUUCCGAUCUGCAAGCAAAUAGUUUUAGGUUCUUUUUGUUUGAAUAGGACCAGAAAUCAACGCUUGACCACGUUUUUCUGCAAGUUGUGCAACGACGAAUGGGUUACGGAAAAUACGGGGCAUACGAUAUCAUUUAAAUGGAAAAGGUAAAACAUGUUUUUUUUUUUUUUCUGUUUAGAUUGAUGUUUACAGUUUUGGCGUCCUCUUCUGUGAAAUGUUUACAACGAAAAUUCCAUUUUCUUAUGAACGUAAAAAACACGUUGACCUUGUCCCCAACAGGCCAGGCGGGGAGUUCCAGGAUCUGGUGCUGUGGUGUACAGAAGAAGAUCCAGCAAGGAGGCCAAGUAUGGAAACAGUUAUAAAGAGAUUGGAAACUUUUAUAACGACAAUUUAGAAUUUGUUAGAAAAGUCGUGUUAGAACGACAUUAUUUGAUUGUAUUUUUUAAUUUAGAAACCUUUUUACGAUUGUAAGAAUUAGACUUAAUCAUAAAAAUUUAGAGAAAUUUAUACAGAUAUUUUACAGAUAUUAUUAAGCCUUGGCGGUAGGCCGGAGAUAAUAUUUUCGCGAGGGAAGCGAAAUUCGGAAGUUGAUUCCCAGGAAAAAUUGCGAAUCGUGUGACAGGCGACAGUUAGGCUCCAUUUAAUCGGGUCUUAUAACUUGGUUGUUUUUAUAACUUAAUUAAAAGCCUACAUCACAACUCUACCUGCCCAAUUAAAAUUGCUUAAAAACAAACUCAUUAUGGGAGAGGUGUGCGACCCCUACAAAAAACAAAGCGACUGUAUCUUAAGUCCACUGGUUUUAAUCUUUAUUAACGACCCACUUUUCGCAUUUAAAGAUACAUUAUCUGACCCUUCCGUUUUGCCAAACCGGUGCAAAGUAAAAUCUCUGUUCUAUGCAGACGAUUUAAUUAUUUUAUGGCAAUCCAAAACAGGAUUACAUAUUAAAUUGCCUCGAUAAACUGUCUUUAUACUGUACUUCAUGGAUGAUGAAAAUCAAUCCCCGGAAAACUAAGAUUAUAGUUUUUCAGAAACGUGGGAGGAAAAAUGAUUUUCGCUUUCUUGUAGAUAAUCAAAUUAUUGAUGUUUUACGUGAAUACACUUACUUGGGAACUCGAAUGUCCUCGUCGGGAAAUGUCUCAGUGUUAUGUGAACAUCUCAAGGAGAAAGCUCUUCAUGCCCUCCUCAGCUUGAGACGUCACACAAAUCUUAGCACACUAAAAGCAGCUCUUGUCCGUAA